ACGCGAGGGCAGCAGUGCGAUACGUAUUGCUUCCGAUUUCCCAUACUACUCUGAAAACAUGGCCGCUUCCAUGGCGUUCCGAGGAGAAUUUUGCUCCUUGGCAAGGAUACUAGGCGGAAUAUCACAUUCGGCACCACAAAUUCAGGGUCAUUGUGCAGGACACCAGAAAUGGCCCACGAUUCGGUGUCCCCUCCAUCUGAGCCAAUCCUUCCACACCACCACAUUAUUUUCAUCAAAAGCUUCCCCCAUCACCGUGACGGAAGAGCCCGACACACUUUUCAAGAAAGUUACUGUGCUGGUGAAAGGCCACGACAGAGCAGUUUUGGACAGCUAUGAGUAUUUUGCCACUAUGGCGGCCAAAGAGCUUGGCGUCACCAUUGGGAAAGUUUUUGAACCUCCUAAAGACAUGGAGAGGUUGACACUGCUCAAGUCUGUCCACAUCUUCAAGAAACACAGGGUUCAGUAUGAGAUGAGGACACAUUACCGCUGUAUUGAGUUGUCUCAUUUAACAGGCUCCACAGCUCGGGUGUAUCUAGAAUACAUCCAGAGGAACCUUCCGGAAAGUGUAGCCAUGCAGGUGACCAAGGCUGCAAUAGAGAAAAUUCCAGAACACAUCCAGGAGCCCAUGUGGAAGGACGAGCCCACGGAGGGAGAGCAGAAGCUCAGUCAAUAAUUGUACACUUGAACCAGUGUGUGUGUCUGUCUUAUUUUAUAAUAAAUUAAAAGGGUUCUGCAAAUUA